AUGGUGAGAGCGAUAUUGGGAUCAGAGGUGAUCGUGGGAAGUUACCUCCCCUCCCUUCCCAUCCAUUCUGCUGCGCACUUGUGCAUCUCCCACUUCCCUCUCAUAAGCCACUGCCCUUUUCCCUCCUUUCCCCUUCCUCGCCUUCCUCCCCAGCUCUGCUCCACAUCGCACCUGCGUCUCCUACACCCACGUCUAUCCCACUCCGCACCUGUUUAUCCUGUCAUCAAUGUCUGCCUAACGGAUACCCUACCCCUCCCAGCUCCUCACUUGCUUCUCCUACACCUUGUCUUUGCCACGGGUUCCUGCCUCCACAGUGUCCGCACUGCUCACCGCCUCACAGGGGCACCAUCCCCUCCCCUCCCCUCACGAGCAGUCCGAAGCUGGGCAGGGCUGCUGGGUGCCCCGUGGUGGUUUUUGAGGGCGGACGAGCAGAGGGAGAAGGACAUGCGUUCUGACCUGAGCCAUUUCUCCACUGCUUUUCCACCACAGACUCACGGACUCACGCCCCUACAGCACUUCCUCCCACAUCGUUUCUCCCCGCAUCCACCGUUCCGGCCCAUAGCUUUGCGCCCUUACGGCACCGAUUCCCACGUCCCUCUUAUAAGCCACUGCCCCUUUUCCUCCUUUCUCUCCCCUCCCCUUCCCCCCCCACUUGCUACGGUAGCGCCGCACUGCUCUCACCCGGUGCGGUCCCUUCCUCUGCCCAUACCCUCUCCAUGUCCCCUCUUCCCCUUCCACACCCCCAGCGCCACACCUGCUUCUCCCAGUCUGACGUCUUGCCUACAGAUUCUCUGCCCAUACGGUGUGGACGCAUUGCUCUCACCCACGCGCUGUCCCUUCCUCUCCCCUUCCCACCUCACCCAACGCUUUUCCUGUCUUACCACCAGCACCGCACCACACCUGCUUCUCCUGCCCCGGUUUCCUGACCCGUCGAUUCCCGCCCACACUCUGCAUCUGCUUCUCCAACACCGAUUUCUGCCCCACCGACUCCCGCCCACUUACAACACUGUCUACCACAUCCCUCUCAUAACCCACUCUGCUGUUUACCCUUUCCUCCCUCUCUCCUCCCCCCUCCACGCCUGCUUCGCCCACACCAACUUCUGUCUCGCCGACUCCCACCCCCACGGCUCCGGCGCACUGUUCAUUCCCACAGCAGCGCGGCAGGGGCUGCUGGCGUGGCAGAGGCGCAGGGAGGCUGCAGGUGAAGUUGGGCGGGACUGUUGGAGUCACGAGGCCGUAUUUUUCCUGAAAAACGGACAGAGGGAGGAGGUGCGUGAUGAAAAGUAUGCAGGCAAGUUAUGGUCACUUGGUCAGCAGCAGGCAACGGGUUGCUGGGUGACCCCAUGGCAACUAUCAGCUAUUUUGCAUGGACGAGCAGAGGGGGAAGGAAGUGCUCUGAGGGGUAUUUUUGAGAGAGGGUAG